CCCUCUGGCCUUCCGGACGUCUCUCCCUGGCUCCCCCCCCAAGAACCCCCUCAUCCGCCGGUGGGGAUCGAAGGUCCGCGGCAUCCCGUCGCCAUGGAGACGGCCGAGGAGGAGGGCACGGUGACGGUGGUGGUCCGUGUGCGGCCCCCCACCCCGCGGGAGCUGGAGGGCCAGCGGCGGCCCGUGGUGCAGGUGGUGGGCGAGCGGGUGCUCGUGUUGGACCCCGAGGCCGGGGGCCCUGGCCCGCGGGGGACGGGCAGCCGGGACGGCCCCCGGAAGAAGGGCAAGGAGCGGAGGUUCGUCUUCGACCGGGUCUUCGGGGAGGCGGCCACGCAGCAGGAGGUGUUCCGCCACGCCACCCGCGACAUCCUGGACGGGGUCCUCCGCGGGCACAACUGCUCGGUGUUCGCCUACGGCGCCACGGGAGCGGGGAAGACGCACACCAUGCUGGGCAGCGAAGCCGACCCGGGCAUCAUGUACCUGACCAUGAGGGAGCUUUACCGGCGCCUCGACGACGGCGGGGAGGAGCAGCCCAGCCGGCUGCUCGUCAGCUACCAGGAGGUGUACAACGAGCAGAUCCAUGACCUCCUGGAGCCCAAGGGGCCCCUGGCCAUCCGCGAGGACCCCGACAAGGGAGUGGUGGUCCAGGGUCUGUCCUACCACCAGCCGGCCUCGGCCGAACAGCUCCUGGACAUGUUGGCCCGCGGCAACCGUCAACGCACCCAGCACCCGACCGACGCCAACGCCACCUCGUCCCGCUCUCACGCCGUCUUCCAGAUCUACAUGAGGCAGCAGGCCCGAGGGGCGGGCGGGGGCCAGGCCCUGCAGCUGGCCAAGAUGAGCCUGAUUGACCUGGCCGGGUCGGAGCGGGCAUCCCACACCCGUGCCAGGGGGCAGCGGCUGCGCGAGGGUGCCAACAUCAACCGCUCGCUGCUGGCCCUCAUCAACGUCCUCAACGCCCUGGCUGAUUCCAAGGGUCGCAAGGCCCACGUGCCCUACCGGGACAGCAAGCUGACCCGCCUGCUGAAGGACUCCAUCGGCGGGAACUGCCGCACCGUCAUGAUCGCCGCCGUCAGCCCCUCGGGCCUGGCCUACGACGACACUUACAACACCCUCAAGUACGCCGACCGCGCCAAGGAGAUCAAGUUCUCGCUGAAGAGCAACGUCGUCGGCCUGGAUGGUCCCGCGGGCCAGUACGCCGCCGCCUGCGAGCAGCUGAAGGCCGAGGUGGCCGCCCUAAGGGAGAAGCUCCGGGCUUAUGAGGGUAUCCCAGCUCCGGCUUCCUGCCUCUCUGCCGAUUCCACGCGGCUCUGCCUCCCGGCCUCCUCCUCACCGUCCCCCGUUCCGGCCGGUCCCGAGCCCCCCGACUCUUCUCAGCAUCCCCAGCCCAACCCCGCAGCCCCCCAGGAGGAGGAGGAGGAGGAGGGGGAGACGGAGCCCCAGCCGGAGGGAGACGCAGAGGGGACCGGUCCCUCGGGGCCCCAGGCCUCGGGCGAAAUGGAGGAUGAAGACGCCGGAGAGCAGGACCGGACACCAGGGCCCAGCCCCGUCUCGCCACUGACCAGGCCUCAAGAAACAGCGACAGGAAACUCCGUGUCCCUGCGGCCCUCUGGUGCCGACCGAACCAGGAGGCUGGCCGAGACGGUGCUGGGCCUGGCCCGGCGGCAGUACGCCCUCCUGAAGGCGGCCGAUCUUCUGACCCCUGACGUGAUCUCCGAGUUUGCGGCCCUGAGGAGGCUGGUGUGGGAAGAGAAGAGCGUGCCGUGGGCGGAGGACGGCGACCGGGAGGAGGAGGAGGAGGAGGACCACGGCGGCGACGCUGAUCCGUCCCCGGAGGGACUCCCGGGAAUUGGAGAGGACCCGCAGCCGGCCCCUUCCCCGGAGGAGAAGCCCGCCGUCUCCGGAUCGCCCGGCAAGAAGAGGAGGUGGCAGUCGGAGCCGAGCCCCCCGGAGCGGACGAGAGCCCCGGUGCCCACGCGCCAGGCCAAACGGCAACGCCAGUCCUUCCUGCCCUGCCUGGGGCGGGGGCCGCCGCCGCGCCCGGUGCCCGCGGCGGAGCAAUGCCUGGCUACCAGCACCCCCGUGGGCAAGGGUGACCCACCCCACUGCCCCUUCGGCGCCAGCCCCGCCACCGUCACCAAGCCCCGGCAGCCCCUGGGACCCUCCGCCGCCCAAAACCGCUCCGUCUCCUGGGUCCCGCCCUGCCAAGACCUCAACGCCACCUUCGACCUCCCGGACGGCGGCCGCGCGCCCGCCCCGGCCUCCACCUGCCAGCCGUGCGCCCGCGAGUUCCCCGGCUGGGAGAACGUGCCCCGAAACCAGGACCGGCUGGCCGGUCCCUUCAUCCCCAGGGGGCCCGCGGCCGUGUUCACCACCAAGGGCCCCCCGGUGCCCCCAGGACGCCCCCCAAGACCCGGCCGCCCUCGCCAGCGCUGCCGCUCGGAGGAAGAGACGCUCGGUCAGGUGAGAGUGCGACGUGUCCGCCUCUCGCCGCCCCGGCGCCCAGAGCCGACUCGCCCGCCCGCCCGCCGGCACCGCUAA